GGUCGAAACCUGCGAGACUUGUCGGAAAGGAGGUAACAUCGUGUGGUACAUGCGGCCGGCACAGUCUCUUAGUAGACUUCGGCCCAAACGCAUUGGGCGCGCUCUUCUGCCGCCGCCUCCGUUGUCUGAACUUCACGACGUUCGAUCACAAACACCACGUAUAAUUACUGUAAACCAAUUGUGCUGGAAGAUGGCUUACUGGUGGUUACUGCAGUCGGCAAUGUGGUAUACCACUAUUAUGGUUCUGGCUAAUCCUCUGAUGCCUACCUUAAUCUUUGAGGUUUUGCCCAAGUUACCAUUGCUUAUCAUUCGCCGUUUAGGUACGAUUCCCAUUGAAUCAAUUUAACGGAACACAGAUCACCUGUUUAAGAGUCUUGCCAAAAUCACUAGUUCAACAUAAAUAAACAGUGGCAGGAAACUGACCUGACGGCCUUCUGACUAGUUUGUAUCUGCACGGACAGUGUCGUUAAAAACUGCAGUCUAACCGAACAGUGUCCGAUCGACGUCCAACACAGCCCGAAUACAAUUAUGAAUAAUAAGGUGUUUGCGACGUCCGAGUCGGCCGGAUCCCGCCACACCACCGCCACCGUGAUGGUGGUCGUCGCAGCAGUCAUGCUUACCUCCCAAUUCACAGUCGCACAAGUGGCGUUGAAAGCGGUCCGUCUGCCACGCGUCUACAACGCUCUGAUCACCACUGACCAGCAUCUGUUGCCUAGCCAAGCUGAACCGAUCAUCACCCCUGUAUUCCGUCCAUUCCAGUUGCUCUACGAAUGGCCCGAAGUGAAGUACGCGGCUGUGGAGCCGUAUCCGUCGUCGCGGUCGGCCGCGGAGACGUCUAGCGCCGAAGAUGGGUCCCGAUCCGUUGCUGCGGUAGUGAAGAACAACAGGCCGGUGGACUCUACGGUCGUCAAGAACAACAGGCCGGUGGACUCUUCGGUACCGGACGUACCGCCGCCGCCGCUUCCUGUGGCCCGCGCCCCAGACGCCGCCGUCAAAAAGAGACCGGAAGAGUAUCCGCCCGCGCCAGGUGGUUUCGCUAUUUGAACACCUAUACGUCCCACUUCUACUCGACUCAGUCAACCACCACCGCAAAAUGUUUUUAGUCAACGAGACACGGUCCCUCUCGCCCGUCACGCGACCAUCUACCGUUGCCGGACUACAGUAGUGUGAUAAAAUAUUAUAAUACAUAAUAUUAUUGCGUUAAGUAUCAUAUUCUAUUACAUCAUGUAUAUGUUUGAAGAUGUUAUGUCACGCUUUUCCGUUUCUUUCAUCCGAAUUUUCGUCAAUUUUAAUCGGUUUCUGUCGUCGACGGCUUUUAUACAAACUCGUGUUCACUAUUUAUAUACUAAUAAUAUAAUAUACACAUGAAUGUAUCGCCUAUACCUAUGACGUCAUUUGACAAUUUUAACGCAUUAUAUUAUUUUUAUGUUUAACUUACGAAUUAUGUUCAAUACGUAAUCGGAGAAUAAAUAAUCAAAAUUAUUUUAGUCA